UUAUUUGAGCCACUUGUGCUGUAACUAUGUUGUUAAGAAGAGCUGUUACAAGUUUAAUAUUCAUCAGACUAGCUACAGUCUGGUGUCAUGUGGAGUUAGAAUCUGAAGACUAUUUUUUCCCUUUAGAGGCGACGCUGAACUACUGCAAGUUGGCAGACGAGUGUCACCACGACCGCGUGCCGGUGUGCGGGCAGGACGCCAGCGGCAACUUCAGGGCCUUCAGAGAUGACUGCGACCUCUAUGAGUACUGCUGCGAUGAGAAAAAACAAUUUCGUCACGUGGAAAUAGACAUCUGUGCCGGUGAUCCAGCGCUCUCGCGGUAGAACAGAGAUUUAACGAUUUUAUUUUAAACUAAAUAAAAUAAUCGUCCACCUUUUUGUACAGACUAAAAACGGUCAUGAACUUGAUUGUUAUAACGUUUUUUAGGGUUCCUUACCAAAAAGGUGCAAAUGGAACCCUUAUAGUGCGACUCUGUUCGUCCGUCCGUUUGUCUGUCACAUUUCUAAAUAUCUCGAGAAGUACGUAACCCAUCGAUUUGAAAUUUGGAAUAGUUAUGAACAACGCUAACCCCAACACAACAUAUAAAUUUUCCAGGAAAAAUAUAAUCACACUUCUUUAUUGAUAAAUUGUUUUUAAUGAUCAAAAGACAUUUUAUAUGCAAUUUAACCCCCUUUGCGGGUUUUUCUUAAAAUUACACUAAAAGCACCUACUCUCAAAUAAAACAAAAAUUGCUGAAAUCGGUUAACAUAAUAAAGAAUUAUCCCUGAAUCACCAACAUACAUGUUGCACAAAUUGGCCAAUUUGCCGAUAGAUGUCACUGUACAUAUUUGUGCUUAGUAUACUUCUGGUCAUAAAGUCAUUCGUGUUCAGAGUUACAUGAGAUAUAAUUGAAAGUUUGUACGGAAGCAUCGGUGCGCGAGUUAAACGAACUCGCACUUGACUCGUUUUUUAUAUUAAUUCAAGUCAUUAAAGGAAAAAUUAUAUCUGAAUUAUGUAGGCAAAACGGAUGAAGCUGAAGGCGUUUCCUGCAGUUAACGACGGCACCGCGAGGACAGCGCGAAGCUCGUUAGAAAAUGCGCACUCAAAGGAAAAUACCAUUACUUGAAUUAUGAGUAAUAAAUAGGAAUUUAUAAAACAUUAUUUAAAUUUUGUUUUAGUGAAAUAAAACAAGUAUGUGUCAUAAAUUUGUGUGCAAAAUAUUUAUGUAUAAUUAUAAAUAUUACGAGUAUGUUGGUUCCUUCC